AUGGGGGCCUGGCCAGCGAAGACGUCCCGGGCCGAGGGACGCUCCUGGCCCCCGUGGCUGCUGGGCUCUGCCGGGUGGCCGGCCGGGCAGCUGUGCCUCUCGGCCGGGCUCUUCCUGGGGGAGGUGGCCGCCAGCCGGGCGACGGGGUCCCUGCUCCUGCUCUCGUGCGCCUACCACACCCUGGCAGGCGCCCUGGCCCUCGGGACGGCCCUGGUGGACGCCCGGCUGGCCGCCGGGAAGCCCCCCGGGGGCAGGAACACCUUUGGCUGGGCACGAGCCCAGACUGCCGGGACCCUGGUCAGCGCGGUGUUCCUGAGCACCCUGUGCCUGGCCCUGGUGCCCGAGGCGCUCCGCCGCGCGGCCGAGCCACGGGCCACGCAGCAUGUGCUGGUGCUGAUGGGGAUCGGGGCCGUGGGGAUCCCCGUCCACCUGGCCAGGGCAGGGCUGCAGGAGAGGCGUCCCCGAGCAGGGGGCAGCAGGCCCUGCUGUCGCCGGAGCAAGGCCCUCCGGGCUGGAAGCAGCGCCCAGGAGAUGGAAGACCUUCUGGGGAACGGAUCUCCAGCGAGCAGAAGGCCCUGGGUGGAGGACAGCCCGGAAGAGGGCGCCCCGUCUCGUGCAGAGGAACAUGGGCCGUGGGGGACCCCUUGCUGCGGCUGGGUGACGGUUUGCGUGGGCCCGCUGGCUGUCCUCCUGUAUUCGUUCGCGCUGCAGCUGCUGUGCCCGGGCCACGCGGCCUGCUCCGGCCGCUGCCCGGGGUCCCCGUGCCCGGAGGCCGCGGCGUGUGUGCGGGCCCCUCCCUGGCUGCUCCACCUGGACCCGGCGCUGGCCGUGGCGCUGGCCGGGGCCCUCCUGCGGGCGGCGUGGCCCGCUCUGCGUGGCUCGGCCCUGGUGCUCCUGCAGGCCGUGCCGGAGGAGCUGGACCUGCAGCGGCUGGCGGGGCAGCUGCGAGCCACGGAGGGGGUGGCCGCCCUGCUGGAGCUGUGCGUGUGGCAGCUGGAUGGCCCCGGCAGCUGGGUGGCCACGGCCCACGUGGCCUGCCCAGACGUGGCGGCUUGCGCGGAGGUGGUACGCCGGGUGCGCCGCGUGCUCUGGGAGCACGGCAUCCACCGCUCCACCGUGCAGCCGGACCUGGGGGGGUGCCAGGAAGGACGGGGCGAGGCGGUGCGCGGGAGGGGCCCGGCCCCCGGCCUGGAAGUGGUCGUGGAGUACGAGACCGCUGUGUGA